AUUGAGGUUAUGUAAGAAACCUAAUAAAAACAAACACAUUUUAAAAAUCAAAUGAUUUUUUAUUACAAAAAAUUUUAUUGACCGAUAAUAUUAUAGUUUAUAAAUAUAAUCUUAGAAUUGAUUAAUUAGUAAACAUUCAAAAAUGGUUAAGAAAACUAUUACUAAAGGUAAUAGUAAAGGGCGCAAGACUAGUGAUGUUAAAAGAAGAAAUCAUUUGCGAAAUAAAGGUCAUAUUAAAACUAAAAAACAUAAAUCCAAAGUUUUCAAUAUUCCCCAACCUCCUGUUCAAAAAAUUGAUCAUUCUUGUGAAGAUUUUGAAGAAGACGCAGAAAAUAGUGAUAUUGGAGAUGAUAUGCUUCAAAUGGUUGAAAAGGAUGAUCUAGACUUCCUGGAAAAAAAUAUUGGCAAUCAACAUUUCAAGCUUUAUAAUCGUAUUCAAAUGAAUGAUGGAAGGAAAAAAAGAAAAAGAAAUAAUUCUGAUGAAAAUGAUGAAUUAGAAAAUAAAUACGAAAACUUAAAUAUUUUAAUGAAAGAAGACUAUAUGGCCGUUCAAAAACCACUACUUCCAAUUAAAACAAAAGAUGGCAUAUUAAAGCGGUAUACAACUGAAAAAAAUAAAAUUGACUUGGAAAUAUCUUUAAAACAGAAAAAUAACAAAAAUGAUAGUUGUGAUUAUACCUUGUUAGAUGAAAAUGAGCCUAAUAAAGAAAUUACUGUCAAUAAAGGAGAACCAAUAAGUGUUGCUAAAUUAUAUGCUAAAAGAGAAAAUACUAUACAAAUUUAUAAACAACGAAUUGGACUUUUAGCUAGUACAUUAUUAGAAAAUCCUGAUCUAAGAAUUGGAAACAUAACACAUUUAUUAGAAAUCAUGGAGAAACGUGAUCCAGAAUUACAAAUAACAAUAAAAAAACUAGUUACUCUUACCUUGUUAGAGGUCUUCAAAGAUCUCUUGCCUAGUUAUCAAUUGAAAUUAGAUCAAUAUGAUGGUGUAAAAUUAAAAUUAACUACCAAAGAAUUAAUUGGUUAUGAAGGGCAAUUAUUAAAAGGAUAUAAAAUUUAUCUAACCCAUUUAGAAAAAAUGGCUAGUAAACUUCACAAAAAAAAAGGAGAUACAAGAAUCAUAACUAGUGUCCACAUUAGUUUAGCUGAAAUAGCUAUUAAUUGUUUAUGUGAGUUAUUGUUAUCACAUUCAUACUUCAAUUAUGCAAUAAAUAUAGGUCAUUUAUUGACAUUAUAUUUAGAUAAUAAAAAUGCUAAUGUUAGAAAAAAAAUAGAAGAAACAUUCACCAAAGUUUUUCAAGAAGAUAAAAAAGGAGCAAUAUCUCUAGUGAUUGUUCGCCGUAUCAACCAACUAGUAAAAACUCGUAGUCAUUGUGUACAUAGUGAGUUAUUAUCUGUACUUCUAGCUUUACCCAUUAAAAAUGUAAAUCUUGACCAAGAAAAAGAAGAAAUUCUUAAAUCAAAAAAAUUUAUGACUAGAAAACAAAAGUUACUUGCUAUGUCUAAAAAAGAAAGAAAGCGAAGUAAAAUGUUGGAUAAACUAGACAAAGAAAUGCUGGAGACCAAAGCUGAAGAAAAUAUUAAAAGUCACAUGAAUAAUUUAACUGAAAUUACUAAACUAGUAUUUCUAAUAUACUUCAGAAUUUUAAAAACAGCACCUCGUUCUAAGUUACUCUCCAUUUGUCUUCAAGGUUUAGCCAAAUAUAGCCACUCAAUUAAUUUAGAGUUUUACCAUGAUAUUCUUACUGUUCUUGAUGCUGUAAUUAAGAAACAUCAAUUAAAUGUGUAUGAACAACUUUGUUGUAUAAAAACUAUUUUUGUAAUAUUAUCAGGCCAAGGCUCAGUAAUAAAUAUUGACCCUGUACAUUUCUAUACACACUUAUUCAAAGUCAUUCCUGAACUAGACUGCUGUAAAAAUCAUGAUAAUUUAGAAACAUUUCUACGAACAAUUGAAGCAUUAUUUUUAAUGGGAAGAAAAAAAGUUACAGCAAAUUCAACAUUAUCGUUUAUCAAAAGAAUGUCUACUUUAGCUCUUCAAACUUUACAUAAUUCAAGUCUUGGUAUUUUAUCUGCUAUUCGAACUAUCAUUCAAACAAACAAAAAUAGUGAAGCUCUUUUAGACGUAGAUCCAUCAUAUGGUCAAGGAAUAUAUGAUGCAGAGCUUCAAGAACCUGAACAUUGCAAUGCUGGUAGUACUGCACUGUGGGAACUACUAGCACUUCAGAGACAUUAUCAUCCUGAAGUAUGUAAGCUGUCUAAAAUUGUAGCUUCAUUGACAGCUGCACAGGCAAAUCAAAUAAAUUUAAAGCCAGAAUUAGCAAAAAUGACACCUAGUGAGUGGUUCAAGGAGUAUGAUCCUUCAAAAGUGGCAUUUAAUCCACCUGUUAUUCCUCCAAUUAAAGUUCCACAACGUAUACCUGCUCAUUAUCCUGCAUUACCGUAUUCAAAUAUACUGGAUAAAGAUUUUACACUUGUAAAUUUUUCAAAAGAUUUUUUUUAAUUAUGUGUCAUUUUUGAGAAUAUUAAAUAAAUUGAGAAAACAGAA